GCGAACUGGAGUCCGUGUUUUGUAUUGAUGCAGUAAGGAAUGCAGUAAAGUAAGCUGAAAGAUCAAACAUCAUUAAUAAUGUCUGAGGAGUGGAAGAAACCAGAGGACUUGGAUGGGGACCGGCUUUACAAGUGCCGAGAAUGUCUUUCCACGUUCUUGUACCACCGCAGCCUGAUGCGCCAUAUCGGGGAGAACCAUCGGGAUGGAUCCCGGAAGUGGAACUGCAAGACCUGCGAUUAUUCCUCUACCAGGCGGGGGAAUUAUGAAAGGCACGUGGACGGACACCGAAAGGACGAACAGCGCACGGUUUCCAGAAGAGAGUCGAGCAAAGAAAGAGAACCGGUGGGCCGGGGCGGUGAAAGGGCAAAAUCCCCAGAUCGACGUUGUCCGGAGACGAAGAGAGACGACAGAGACCAGCCACAGGAAAACAACACAGCCAUUAUAAGUGUACAUCCAACUCCAGUGCCUAGUAUUGAUUCUUCCAGAGAUGCCAGAGGCAAGCCUCUUGCCAUGCUUAAGAGAGCCGCAUCCCAGGAUGAGGUGGUUUCGUCAUCGUCAUCAGCAUCAUCUUCGUCGGAAGAAGCUGAGAGUGGAGGAGAGGGUGCCACUGGAAAUGCGCGUACAGACAGACCGGUUUUCAAGAAAGCGAGAGUUGAGAAGAGGAUUACGACGACCUUUACUAUUGAAGGACGCGUAGUUCGUACGAGAAAGACGAAGGAGUUCUUCGACCGCUUCAUACUUGUUUAAGUUAACACUAAGUCUUACUGGUUUACUUGAUCUGUUUUGAUUACAACUAUAGGCCUCAGUUUACAAUUUGCUUAAAUCAGGUAGGCCUACUAGAGGUCAGGUUUUUUGUUGUUGUUGUAACUUAAGUAUUACUAGUGAUCUUACGAGAAAAGUGUUUUGAUAUUCUUUACAUUUCCAAACGUAUUUUGGACAUUGUUGAUCAAUGUCUUUGUAUUUGUGAUUACUUGUGUUAUAUAAUUAUAUAUCUAUAAAAAUAACAGGAAGAAGAGAAAAAGGCAAAUGUGUAGCUUAUUACGUUGAUUUGCUUGGACUUUCUUAUAGAUUGGUUAGGAAAACAAGAAUUAAUAGUAAAAAC